AUACCAACUAACCAGAACCGGAAGGAUGAGGGAGAACCGAGAACCGAAAACCAGAUCAUGAGGUUUAUCUCCACGUCGUCUCCUCCUGCUACCACCACCACCGGUUCCCUACCGCCGCCUGCAGCGGCGGCCGCGGUCGCAAAGCCCCGCAGAAGAGCUAGGGCUAGGGUUCCUCACGGAGAAACCCGAACACUAUUCCCAGGCCCAAGGUUCCUCCGCUUGGAGCUCGGCGGAAACCCUAGCUCUAGCCGGUUGAAGGCCGGGCUGACGGAGAUCGAGCCCGACCUGGAGGAGGACCCGCACGACAGCUGGCGGACAAACGGUGUCGAUCCUGAAGAUUUUAAGUACGGGGAGUAUGAUGGACACCACACUUAUUUCGAAGGCAAUGAAGGUAGUCUUGCUUUUGAUUUCACUACGACUAGGGUUUUUUAGUUUGUACUGGAUUGCCACUUCAUUUUCCCCUGUUUUUAGGGAUUUUAAGUACAUUUCUUUGAUUUUAUUCUAUAAAUUAUAUAAAGUGAUUAUCUUCACUUUUAUUGUUGAUGACAUUAGAGGACAAGAUUAACGACUAACUAGAUGUUGAAAAAAAAAAAUUUGGGUGAAAGAAAGGUGGUAUUCUGCUGCUAAACUAAAGUAGAUAAAGGGGUUGUACUAAACAGGUUAGAGGCUUCAAGAUGAGAUGCAAAUGUUACUUGUCUAAUGCUGCUGGGGAGGGUUUUUAUAUCUUUGAGGCUCUUUGUAAUAUAUUCUGGC